AUGGGGCAGUCUCCAGACUCAUGGGUCCAGCUCGAGAUAGUCCAGGGGCAUCCCUGGACUGUGUCUUUGGCUGUAUUCUCAGCAGUCAUGUUUCUAUGGCAUUCGAAGACGUACUGGAGUCUUUCACACAUUCCCGGACCAUUCCUGGCCCGUCUCACGAACCUUCCUCGUCUCUUGUGGGUGCUCAGCAAUCGGGCACACGACAUCCACGUCAACCUCCACAGACGCUAUGGCAACAUCGUGCGCUUCGGACCGAACAUGGUGUCGGUCAGCGAUCCGGCCGAAAUAGCCAAUAUUUAUCGUUACUCCAAGCCGUGGCCCAAGUCUGACUUCUACCACGCGCUGCUGAUGAAACCCGACGGCAAGCCGAUCCCGGGCAUCUUCGGCACGCAGGACGAAGAGAUCCACCGGGCACUGAAGAAGCCUGUGGCGGGCGCGUACUCGAUGAGCACGCUGGUCAAGUUCGAGCCCUAUGUCGAUACGACCAUGGGCGUCUUCUCCGACGAGCUGCGUGCCCGGUUCGCGGGCAGCAACGACGGCCGAGCAGCCUGUGACCUGGGCCAGUGGCUGCAGAUGUUCGCCUUCGACGUCAUUGGCGAGCUGACCUUCUCCAAGCGCCUGGGCUUCCUCGAGUCCGGCAACGAUGUCAACGGCGUCAUGGCCGGGAUCUGGAAGAUGUUCCAGGAGACUGCCCUGGUCACGCAAAUGCCGUGGAUCGACAACCUCUGGACUAACAACCCGGUCCGGAGGUACUUCCGCGGCCGCGGGGCCAGUCCCGGCGCCGCGUUCGCGAUGGCUCGUGUCAAGGAGCGCAGAGAGCUCCUGGCGAAGGGGAGAAACGAUUGGGAUCGCGACACGCGAGAUUUUCUGUCCCUCUUUCUGGAGAUAGAGUCGAAGGAGAAGGCGUUGCCGCCGUACGCUCUGGCAGCUUGGGCAUCGUCGAACAUCACGGCCGGCUCGGACACGACGGCGAUUCUGCUGCGCGCCCUAUUCCACUACCUCCUCAGCAACCCACCCACGCUCGCUCGACUGCGCGCAGAAAUUGACGCCGCCGACCUUCCAGAAAAGGUGCCCUGGAAGAGGGCAAAGGCCGAGCUGCCCUACCUCGACGCCUGUGUCAAGGAGGCCACCCGGAUGCAUCCGCCGUUCGGCCUGCCCUACGAGCGGGUGGUGCCCGGCCCGGCGCCGGCCGUCGUCUGCGGCAAGACGUUGCAGCCCGGCACCGUCGUGGGCAUGAGUGCCUGGGUCGUCGGGCGCAACCGGGCCCUCUUCGGAGCCGACGCCGACGAGUGGCGGCCCGAGCGAUGGGUCGGCGUGGAUGAGAAGACGCUCCGUGAGAUGGAGGGGGCGUCAAUGGCUUUUGGCGCAGGUCACCGGACCUGCAUGGGCAAGCAUAUUGCCCACCUCGAGAUCUACAAGAUUGUGCCGACAUUGCUGAAGCAGUUUGAUUUUGAGCUGUUGAGUCCAGGUGGAAGCGGCUGGACUGUCCAAAACCGUUGGUUCGUGAUGCAGCAAGGAUUGAUGGUGCGUUUGAAGGAUAGGAUGACGGCAGCACCCAUCGACAAGUAG